GGAGGCUCCGGAAAUUAUGGUAACGAUCAUCCGCCGGCCGAGCGAGAGAGGCGCAAACAUUUAAUAAACCGAGACCGGAUUAAUUUAUUAUUUAAGCGACGUUUUUCGACAAGAACAGAGAUAGAGCGAUCGUAAAAUGGAGAUCCCGUAAUUGACAGCGUUAAAUUCUCGAGCCGAUAGCCGACCGAGGGGAGAUUUCCAAAAUGGAUUUCCAGUCCAUGCUGACAGAUCUGGGCGCUAAAAUGCCGAGCAUACAAUACAUUCUGCGGCCGGAGUUUGCGCCAUACUUGAAUACAGCCGGCACCGUAUUAUUAGGCUGGCUAAUUGUGUCCUGGAUAUCUUACGUUCUGUGGACGUUGCUGGCCCCGUUGAUGAUGGGCGCAGCCGCCAUUUUUCUUUUAUGCCCGGCGACGGCAAAAUGGUGUGUUAAACAAACUAUCCCUGGCGUCGAAGUUACUUUGAACGACUUCUUGGAGAAGAUCCAGUCUUCGUUAUGCGUUCUCGCUAACGCGACAAUGAAGAUGGAUUUAUCAAGGAAAUGCUAAAACGUGGCCGAAGUCACUCCCGUUCCAUUUAACUUUGCCCGCUAAAAAAGAGUAAUCUUCUCGAUCCCAUACGUAAUUACAAAAAUUCUCGAAAAUUCUCGAUAAUUAAGCACUGACAAUAAUAUAUUUUGUUAUUACCAUGGGCGAAAGAUACAAAUCGAGGGUGAAGUGAAAAUUCGGAAAAUAAAAGAUGACACAUUUGAACGAUCUAUUUUAAAA